ACUUUAUUGAUACGGUUCUUGUUAACGUGAAAUGUGAAUGGACCUCAAUCUAUAAAUCUGUUAUCGAGAGAGCUAUCUAUACAGGUGUGAACUCGUUUUUUUAUAGUAACGUGAAGAAUACUUAGGGAUCGGAGAGAAAACCCCAGACGGAGAGGAAGAAAGGAGUGUUGUUGCUAAGCUAGCGGUCAUGGCUAGUGCCGCGAAUACAAACAUGAACGCUGUCCGGGAAACGAUGGACGUUCUCCUGGAGAUCUCAAGACUCCUUAACACUGGGCUUGACAUGGAGUCGUUGUCCAUCUGCGUGCGGCUGUGUGAGCAGGGCAUCAACCCCGAAGCGCUCUCAUCAGUUAUAAAGGAGCUACGCAGAGCCACGGACACACUUAAGGCCUCUGACAACAGCACAAGCCAAGGAUAAGUCACACCAGGCUCAAUGGCUUUGCUCGGAGAAAUUGCUCUAGAAGAAAUUUCAUCAAUUCACCAAGAGAUACUUAAUAAGGGAAUUUUUGUUCUCCAUUUUCCCUUCAGCCUUGUUUUUAUUUAAUAUUUUUUUUUUGUCUUUGUAAAAUGACUUCCUUUUGUCUGUGCUCAGUGAACUUGUGUGCUUUCAUAUAUCCAGUAUUUUAAAUGUAUGUUUCCGUAUUUUAAUUGUUAUAAAAUGACAUGUCUGUCAUUGUUAUAAAAGUUUGUUUUGCCUAUGAAGAUGAGAGAUUUUGUAUUGGCUUACACUGUGGCUGAUUUGUUUGUUGUGAGAUGUCAUGAGAUUUCAGCACACAGCUGGACAGGGAUAACACAGCUAUAUAAGCAGGAUUUGUGCUGUGUGUUUGUGUUGUUUGUCCACUAGGUGGAGACAACGUGCAGCUCUGAGUCUUCUUGUAGCCUGUUAGACUGUGUGAUUAUGGCCAGGUCUGUCGUUAACAAUGAGAUCACUGGACCUUACUGUUAAAAAACCUGACUGAUGUAUGUGUUCGGUUUAUGCUCCUGUUAUACGUACUAGUGUGUAAAGUUUGCAAUAGAACAUUUCACGUACAUCAUUUAUUCAUUUGUUAGAAUCUUGUAUCCGAACCCACUAACACUGUCAGAAAAAGGGGUAGUGUACAGGUACGGUUGUGUUCCUCAAACUACUGUACAAUGUAAAUUAACCCACAACGAUGCAACAGUUAGGUCCAACUUUUUACCCUAAUGGUGUUUCUUUACAAAUAAAGGUACAAAACAAUAA